UCUUCCUUUUAGUAAUCAGCUAGCUAGCUACGGCGGAGGACUCUUCAAGUUUUACGGUGCCAGUCAUCUAACGUUAGCAUAUCUUAUCGACAAUUGUAGCUAAUAUAUUGAGUUUGUAACAGUUUCGGGGACAUUGCACGUUAACUGCUCUGCACUGAAGGAUAGUUUUGCUGUUGAUCACCAGGGAUAUAGGGAAGGCGUGGUGAUCUUAUGUCGGCACCUGAAUCUCAGGUAUACUGUAACGAAAGGGCAAUGCAGUCUUUCUCCUGCCAGCUGCAGUGCGGUAUACGAUGAAAAAAAUAUUUAACUUCACCAAAAAAAAGAAAAGCUCCCCCAGUGCGUCUGAUACAGGGAGUGUACUUUCUGUGGGCUAUGACCUAAAGGAGAAAGAUUUAGGAAAAGUGCACAAGGCUGCAUUCGCUGGCGAUGUGGCAAAACUGAAACAACUUACGAAAAAGAAUGAUUUAAACCAGCUUGAUAAAGAGAACAGAACUCCACUACAUAUAGCCUGUGUUCAAGGGCAUACAGAGGUAGUUCAGUUCCUGGUGGAGAACAAAGUUAAACUCAACCUAUGCGACAAUCAAAAUCGCUCCGCCUUAAUGAAGGCGGUUCAAUGCCAGCAGGAUCGCUGUGUGUCUGUCAUCUUGGACCAUGAGGCUGAUCCAAACUUGGUGGACAUCAAUGGCAACACAGCGCUGCACUUGGCUGCCCGCAUCCCCUCCCUGUCUGUGGCUCUGCAGCUCCUGGAGCACGAGGCUAACAUUAAUGCCCAGAACAAGGAAGGCAACACUCCUUUGAUUCUGUCAGUGGAGGAAAAUCAUGCAGAAAUGGCAGAACGUUUACUCAAGGAGGGUGCAGAUGUUAAUAUUAAGAACCAGGAACGACGGUCUGCUCUGAUGAUAGCUGCUUGCAAUGGACAAAUCAGUAUGGUGCGACUGCUCUUGCAGUACGAUGCUGACAUAACUGUGAAAGAUGAUAAAGGAUGGUCAUCUGAUGACUACGCGGUUAUGAAUGGGCACCAUGCUUGUUCACACCUGAUCAUUGAGCAUGGGACAAAGAGGAAGUCCUUUCAGUCAGCCUCCCAUCUUACAGUGUUGGGCAGCCCUGAGGCUGGCCUCUCUCUCAGAGGUCCAGCUCCAGACAAAGAUGCUGCAGGACGAAGCUUCAGAGAAGCAGGGAAAGUUACAGAGGACAAUUCCCGUGCAGACUCCAUUAGUAGGGCAUCAAAAAGUGGCCCUGCAGAUUCCUGGCCUUCUACAGAUGAAGAUGAUGAGCUGGAUUUAAGUCCAAAGAAAGCUCAAAAAGUAAAUUUAAAGAAACUCAUGAGUGCCUCCAAAAAGGAAAGAAAAGAUGUUGGUGUGGAUCGGGAUCCAGACAAAUCCUGGAGUGGAACAGAAUCUGAGCCAAAUAGUGAGGGCAGUGCUGUAGACCACCCGGCAUUCACCACAGCUCUCCAUGCCAGCAGUACCUCUACUCAGCAUCCUGCAACUUCCAUACCUAACUCCUUUUCCAACCUUCCCCAGAAGACCACGCCCCUCAUCAGUUCCCAGAAGGAAAAAGUAUCUUCAGAAGAUGAGGAGAAUGAGGUCAAAGAUGAAUAUGAUGAAACAGAAGGUGAAAGCUCAGAAGGUUCUGACCUCGACGAAGAGGUUGAGCAUCAUCAGAAAACUGAAACCUCUCAGGAUAAGCCAAGGGAUUUUAUGUCAGAGUUGGGUAUUGAAAAGGACAGUGAAGAGGAUUCCCCUUGGGACUCAGAGUCUGGCUCAGAUAGCCCCAAGAAAAAGCAGCAAAGUGAGUCAAAAUCCCCUACCAAGUCACAUAAAGCCAUUUCCAGUGUUUGUGAGGAGAGCAAUGAAGACCUGCUAUAUAUACCAUCUUUCUUAAGAGGAUCAAAGCACAAUAGUGUAUUCAGGACUGUUGGCUGGCCUGGAGGCCAUAAGGCAGUGGUUUUAAGGACCAGUCACGAGAAGGAAGAUGACAGCAAAGCAGAGAAACCAGAAAAGCAGCAUAAACCUAUGCUUAGGGGGCAAUCAUCAGUGCUAAGUAAAAUGAUGCAUUCUGAAGAUGCUGAAAAGAAGACAGACUUAAUGGAGGAGUUUGGUUUAGGUGAUGUUGAUGAUCUUGAAGAUGCCUCAGACUGGGACACAGCUAGUACCACCAGUAGGGCCAGUAAGGCCCUGCCUGUCUACAAGCCUGAGGAGGAGUUAGCAGAUGAAGGCCCCUUAGUUUUGCCUGUCGUACAAGAGCAGAAUCUGGAUGCAUCCAGCACAGAGGAUCAGAGCACUGACAGCCCAAAACGAACGGAACUUUUGCCUAGAGUAACUCUUCCACUGCCAAGUCCACGCACCCUCACACCUCGCAUCAGCACACAGCUCCAGCCACAGCUUCAACCACACACCAGCAGGAACUUAGAUCGGCCAGGCAGAGAGGAAGAGUCAGACUGGGAUAUGGACAACACCUCCAGUCCAUUAAAGACAACUACUCAACUGCCACACCAUGUUAAAACCAUAGCAUUGACACCAGCAGAUGAUGGAGCAAGUGACUCCAGCUUUGAAGCCAAUGAGCACCCAGACAAGGAGAGAGAGGCAUUACAUGCAUCUCAGUUAUAUGUAAGUAGUCCAUAUGGCCUACAUCUCUCCGAGUCCCAGCCCUCAGAUGCUGAGGAGAAGCAAAAGGAUAUGGCACAUUUCAGCUAUGAGAAAAUCUGGGUGGAGAGUGAGAAAAAGGAGGCCAAAUCCCAGUACAAGAACGUGGCUGCUGAGCUUAAAGAAAGGUUUGGAGAGAUAGAGCAGAAGAAACAUAGUGAAUCUGAGAGCAAAGAGGCAAAAAAAGCUGAAGAAGAGAAUGUAAAGAAAGAGAUGGAGAGAGGCAAUGAAUGUCCUGAGGUUGCAUCAGAGGAAGACUCCAGUGCGGAUGAAGACGACUCCAUUGAGGAUAAAGGAGAGCCGAUAAUGCGGCCUACUAUUUGGGCAAGGAAUGCUGGGAUGCUUUAUAUCCCUGAACAGAGGGAGUCUGGGUUAGAGGAGUCCCACACUGAGGAGCCUGGAAGGGCACCCAUCCACACCUCUACUGUGGAGGGCAGUCAGGUAGAUCUUACCCGUGAUAGCCUUACUAAAGACCAUGAUGUCCAGCAUUCUUCUCAAGAGCCUCUCAACGGGACUACUCAAAGAACAGAAAAUUGUACCCAAAGGUCUAGCCAUGCAGUAAAACCUACUUAUGAAAGUGAAGACAAGGAGAUAUCCAUCUUAGCUGACGUGUGUGAUCUAGGAGCUCAGUUUAUAAUAAACCAAGAAUGUUCUACGACAGCUGGGAGAAGCCCAUUGCUUUUUGUUGGUGGAUUAGGGGUGUCUCCCCCAAAGUCAGAAGUGCUCUUUCCCAACACAGAUGAAGAGGCUAAAGAACGUCUGCAGGGGUUCAUUGCUGAGGAUGUUGUGGCAAAGACUGAUGUCAUGAAAGGGGAACAUAAAACCACUGCUUUAUGGGACACUGGUGGAUCCAGUAAACAAACUGAAGUUCAGCAAGGAAAAGGGAAGAAAGCAGACACCAGCCCUGGCAAGGCGAACCCUCAACAAGACAGUGGAUCUCAUCAGAGAGAUGGAGGGUUUGAGAGGAGUGAUAGUCUUUCACCAAGAUGGCACACAAAAAGUCAAAAGAGCACUAACAGGACAACAGAAGAAGAUGAUGUGAGUCAGAGGAGCCUUCGACAUGUCCCUGCCCUACAACAGGCUAGACCUCCCUGCCCAGUGAAGCACCAAAAUGGAGACCCCCUGUCUGUGUUUGACGAUAGUACUUUAAGUGAGGUGUCAGAGGAUGAAGGAAGGUCUCCAUCCUCCAGACAUAGGAAGGAGAAGAGUGGCGGUGAGUUGGAUGUGGCAGAUAACUUUGAGGACCUCACCCAGUCUUCAGACACAGCUACUGAGGAGCUGGACUCGGCUAUGUCGGGCUUCCGCCAUGCCGCACUGCUCAUCAAACAGCUGGACACCAGCUCUAUAGACUCAGUGAGCAUGGUGAAGCUGCAGAACAUGUUCCACGAGUACGAGCGCACCAUCCAGAGGGAGCGCGGCAGACACAGUCGCCUGAGCGACAAGGUCUCUCAGCUGGAGCAGGAGCGCAGUGAGCUAAGGCUUCUGCUGGACGAGACCAGAAAGAGCAAGUCCAGCCUGGAGCACCUCCGUUUAGAGCUGGAGACAGAUCUCAACAACUUCAAGUUUCUGCUAAAGCAGGAGCAGGAGAAACACCAGAGUGCAUCCAUGCUGUACGAUAAGACCCGUGAGCAGCUGAGGAGGAAAGAGGAGCAGUGCCGAGCUGAAGCCGAGGAGAGGCAGAAGGUGGAGCUCGGCAUGAGGAGCCUGGAGCUGGAGAUGAGAGCUUUAUUGAACAACCUGAAACAGCUGGAGGAGGACAGGCGUGAAGCCCAGAGACUGCUGGCCCAUGAGCGCACUGGCCGAGCCUUGCAGGAGGAGCUGCUGAACAGCCACCUGCGCAGGCAGCAGGACAUAGAGGAGCAGAACCUCCGCAGCCUCAACAAGAGCAAUGAGGUGAUGUCCCAACUGACCGAGGCCUCUGAUCGUGAGAGGGAGCUGCAGCACCAGCUUCGCACCCUGCAGGAGGAGCUGAGUUCCGCACGGGCCGAGCUGGAGUGCUCCCGUUCCCAAUGGCAGCAGGACGAGGCCAGGCUGGCAGAGGACAAGGAGGCCCUGCGCGAGAGGCUGGAGGACGCCCGGCGGGACCUGAAGCUCAACGAGGAGGCCCUGGCCCAGACUGUCUUCCAGUACAACGGGCAGCUGAGUGCACUGAAGGCCGAGUGCUCAGUGGUGAGCGCCAAGCUUGAGCACGAGAGGCAGACACGGCAGCAGCUGGAGGCGGAGGCAGAGGCUGGCAGGGCACGGCUGCAGGCAGCGUUGCAGGAGACCGAGAGGUGUCAGGCGGCGCGAGCUGAUGCAGAGCGUACCCUGCAGCGCGAGCGCGAUGAACACCAGCGCGCCCAGCAGAAAUGGGCAGCGGACGCCAGCACGCACCGCGACUCCAUACACUCCCUGGAGCAGAAGCUGAGCAGGGCAGAGGCGCACGCCAAUGGCCUGGAGAACGAAGGGCACCAUGCGGCGCUGGCCGCCGCCGAGAAGGGCGCACUGCUAGAGGCGGUGGCGCGGGAACGUGACCAGGCCCACACCCGCCUCAAGGAGGUUGAGGCCGAGCUGCAGAGCGAGCGGGACCGGGCCAGCCGCGCCGGCGCCCGCCAGGAGGCCAUGCAGGAGAGGCUGGCCCAGGCACAGAGCGAGGGCGCCCUACUCCGCCAGCAGCUGGAGGAGGCCCACAGCAGGGGAAUGGCCAAGGAACAGGCGGCCUCGGAUGCACAAGAGCGGUUCACUGAGGUGCUGAACCAGCUGCGGGCUGACGGGGAGGAGAGGGUGCAGCUGGUAGAGGAGAGGAGCAAGGAGCUAGCAGCCAAGAAUGCCGAGCUCCGAGAGCAGAACUACAGGCUGGAGCAGGAGAAAGCUGAGAGAGAGAGCUCUCUGAGGCAGCUACAGCAGGAGCUGGCAGAUUCUCUGAAGAAACUGUCUAUGUGUGAGGCGUCUUUGGAGGUGAACACUCGCUACCGCAGUGACUUGGAGGAGGAGAAAGCACGUACUCAGAAGGAUAUGGACCGCUUAAAGGGAAAGCUGCAGGAGAGUGAGGAGCUGUACAUCCAGGCGGAGAGGCGCGUGAACAAUCUGAAGGGCAGUCUGGAUGACAAGGAACGAGAUGUUAUCAACAUUGGUCAGAAACUGCAAGAGGCACUAGCAGGGACAGCAAACACAGACCAGACCAUCAAACAGCUGGAGGAGGCUAUGCAGAGAUUGGAGAUAGAGAAUGCAAGACUAGAGGCUGCAGCUAAGCAGCAGACCAGCCGCAUUGAAGUGCUCCAGAAAGAAGCCCAGGAGGCAACUGUGCCAUCAGACUCAUCACCAGGAGGGCGGGUGCGGCAUCGAUUUGAAGAUUUAGUCACAAAUCUGCAAAGCAGCAAGAUGACCCUGGAGGACCAGCUCAGUCGUGAGAUGCAGAAACAGAAUGUGCUAUCCCAUAAUGCCCAUGACUCCCAGGCCCUUUGGGAGGAGGAGCUGAAGAGUCGCUCACGAAUUGGACUCCGCCUUGCUGAACUGGAGAAGCAGAAGGGAGAGCUCAGCAACCAGGUAGAGCUAGAGAAGAAGAAGACCAAGAAGAUGGCAGAACAGAAAAAGGCUGUGGAUACUCGGCUAGAACAAGAGAUGAAGAGAAACACUGAGCUCCAGAAAGAAAUGUACAGGUUGCGGACUCUGGUGAAGACCGCUAAGAAGAAGCUGCGGGAGCAGGCUGGAGGGGAGCUGGAUUCUCCUGUGGGCAGCCUGAGAGUAGAGCUGGGCCACAGGCACAGUGAGGCAGAAGGGGCCAUCACCCGGAUGAAGGCCAAGGUCGACGACCUGCAGGGGCAGUUGGAGCGGGAGGCGUUGCGGUGCUUUAGGCAGGAGGAGGUGAACAGGGAGCUGAAGGAGCAACUGGGGGCUUUGAGGAGCCUGGGCCGCAGUCACGAGCAGCUGGAGCGCAGCAAGCGGCAGCUGGAGAAUGAGGUGGUGGCCCUGCGCAGGCAGGCGGAGGCUGGGGUCAUGGACCAGAGCCAGGCCGAGCAGUACCGCAGGGAGAUGGAGGAGAGAGCCAGACAGGAGAUACGCCACAAGCUGGAGGAGGUCAACAUCUUCUUGCAGACGCAGGCAGCAUCCCAGGAGGCUCUGGAGCAGAUGAAGGCUGCUAAUGAGGCCAGCCAGAGGGUGCACUUGGAGCAGCGCAUCAGGGAGCUGGAGGGUGACCUGAGCCGGGUGCGUACCGCUCAGCACGACAGUCUGGUGCAGAGGGACUCCAGCCGAACAGAGCUUGAGCGCUACCAGGAGCUCUACACCGAGGAGCUGAAACUUCGCAAGAGCCUGUCCGCCAAGCUGGAGAGGUCUAACGAGCGGCUAGCGGAGACCAAUGCAAAGCUACUGAGCGAGAGGCAGCGCAGCAAGUCGAUUCUCAGCAGCGGUCUAAUGAAUGGCAGCCUGGGAGGGUUGGAGGGCGCCUCUCUAGGCUCCGUGGGGGCGUAUGGGUCAUCGCUGGGACCACUCAACAGGAACCUGGGCACCUCUCUGCUGGGCUCUGUGGGGGAACCACAGGGCAACCAUGUGGAGGCCUACCUGGCAAAGAUGCAGUCUGAACUGGAGAAAAACAUAUCAAAGGAGUUGGACUAUGCUACAACAGAGCUGGAGGGCGGCUCAGCCCGGAUGUCUCCAGUGGGUUCUGCCUGUGCCUCUCAGAAGAAUUUAAACCUGAACCUGGAGCAGCAAGACCCACUGAGCAAAGCUACCCAACAGUACCUGGAGGUUCUUAAAAAGAACUACAUGAUCUGAGCCUAGAGCCAAUGAACACUACACACUAGAUUGGGCCAAUGGAGCUGUUUGCUUAGCACAAUAAUUAUGACCUAAAAUCCCUCUCAAGAUGCAGAACCUACAGAGAGAUGAUAAAAGUGCAUUUCUUUCUCAUUGUUAUUGAGUAAAUAACAAAAGAUUUAUAUAUUUGUCUGGAAAGAGAACCUGCAUUAUCAAUUAAUAUUUGAGUCUGCUUGUCUUAAGGAUUACUAAAGUUAUUGUUAUAGUGUUAAGAAACACCCCCUUAUAGCAGUCAUGCAGAAUUCUACCUGUACGUUCUCUCCUUUUGGUCCUGUAAUGGAUAAACUAGACUUAGGAAUAUUUUGUUUGUCACUAACUGAACACUGUCACUUCUAACAGUAGGGACAGAUAAGGGGUGUGUUAUAAAUCCUGAGGCAAGGGGAAAGAAGCAUGCCAAAUGGAGA